GUGCUUCGUCCCUCGAAAAAAAAAAAAAAAAAACCCCUAAACUUUCCCCAAUUAAUGAAUCUCUCAUAAACUCGAAAUAAUCACCCCCUACUUCACAAACUCAAGGCGUUUUGGUGAUCAAAAUGAGCAGAGACAAAGUUAAUCGCGCGCAUUCGUCUCUGUUUCUUGUAAUAACAUUAGUGGUAAUCGUCGCGUUGAAUUUACCGCGGCAUGUAAUUUGCGACGACAACGACGAUGAGGAUGACGGAGGACUAACUCAGACCUCUAAUCCGGCCGUGGUUCAAAUCUUCGCGCAGGCCGUGUUCAGUCAAUUCAACAAUCUAAGCAGUUAUAUGAGCCCCGACAUACGCAACCAGUUGAGCUUCUGCAUCAAGGACGUGGAUGCUGAAUGGAAUAUGGCGUUCAAUUUCUCAUCUGAUUUGGAAUUCUUGACCAAUUGCGUCCAACAGACAAAAGGAGACCUUACACAGCGCUUGUGUACAGUAGCAGAAAUAAAGUUUUAUUUCAGUAGUUUCCUUCAAGGCGGGUCAAAGAAAUCAAACUACUUGAAACCUAAUAGGAACUGUAAUUUAACCUCUUGGGUUCCGGGAUGCGAGCCAGGAUGGGCUUGUAGUGUUGGAAAAGGUAAAAAAGUCGACCUCAAAAAUUCAAAGGAUGAGCCCGAAAGAACUCUAGAUUGUCAGACUUGUUGUGAGGGUUUCUUCUGCCCUCAUGGUAUAACCUGCAUGAUACCUUGCCCGUUGGGUGCUUAUUGCCCGCUGGCUAAACUCAAUAAAACUACUGGCGUAUGUGAUCCUUACCGUUACCAACUACCUCCUGCGCAGCCAAACCAUACUUGUGGUGGAGCGGAUACUUGGGCUGAUAUCUUGAGUAGUACAGAGGUAUUCUGUUCAGCAGGAUCAUACUGUCCGAGUACUAUCAAAAAAAAUCCUUGCACUAGUGGACACUACUGCAGGACUGGUUCUACCUCACAAGCUGGGUGCUUUAAGUUAGCAACUUGUGAAGCACAAACUGCAAAUCAGAACAUCACUGCAUAUGGCAUCCUGAUUUUUGCUGGGCUGACACUUUUACUUAUCAUUAUUUAUAACUGUUCGGAUCAAGUUCUCACAACUAGAGAAAAAAGACAAGCUAAAUCCAGAGAAGCAGCAGUAAGAAGUGUUAGAGAAACUGUUCAGGCACGUGAAAGAUGGAAAUCUGCUAAAGGUGUAGCUAAGAAGCAAGUAAUUGGACUGCAGACUCAAUUAUCGCGGACAUUUUCUCGUAAAAAAUCUGUAAGACAGGAACAGCUGAAGGGUCUAGCUCAACCUAAACCUGGAACUGAUGCAUCCUUACCACCAAUGCCCAUGAAUGGGAAAGGGAAAAAAGAGCAAAGCAACCUUACAAAGAUGAUGCACGAGCUUGAGGAGGAAGACCCUGACAGUCAUGAAGGCUUCAAUUUGGAGAUUGGAGAUAAAAAUUUUAAAAAACAACACGUGCCCAAGGGUAAACAGUUGCAAACUCGCAGCCAAAUUUUCAGGUAUGCAUAUGGUGAAAUUGAGAAGGAGAAAGCUCUUCAGGAGCAAAACAAGAAUUUGACUUUCUCAGGAGUCAUUUCAAUGGCUACUGAUGACGAAGUCAGGAAUAGACCUACAAUUGAGGUGGCUUUCAAGGAUUUGACACUUACUUUGAAAGGGACAAACAAGAAUCUGUUGAGGUGUGUGACUGGGAAAAUUAUGCCUGGCCGCGUUUCUGCUGUCAUGGGUCCAUCUGGGGCUGGGAAAACAACAUUUCUUUCAGCUUUAGCUGGAAAAGUAAGGGGGUGCACUAUGAGUGGUAUGGUUAUUAUAAAUGGGAAGGUAGAAUCAAUUGCAUCUUACAAGAAAAUUAUUGGGUUUGUGCCUCAAGAUGAUGUUGUGCAUGGGAACUUGACGGUGGAGGAGAAUCUGUGGUUCAGCGCUCGGUGCAGACUAUCAGCUGAUCUGCCUAAACCGGAAAAGGUACUAGUCGUAGAAAGAGUCAUUGAGUGUUUGGGACUGCAGAAUGUGCGGGAUUCCCUGGUAGGGACUGUGGAGAAGCGAGGAAUCUCUGGAGGCCAAAGGAAGCGAGUAAAUGUUGGUCUGGAAAUGGUCAUGGAACCUUCUCUCUUGAUCUUAGAUGAACCAACUUCUGGUUUGGACAGUUCUUCUUCCCAGUUACUACUUAGAGCACUUCGUCGUGAAGCUUUAGAAGGAGUAAACAUUUGCAUGGUGGUUCACCAACCGAGCUACACUUUGUUCAGGAUGUUUGACGACUUGAUACUUCUAGCUAAAGGUGGUCUUACUGCAUAUCAUGGAUCAGUGAAGAAAGUAGAAGAAUAUUUUGCAGGCCUGGGGAUCAAUGUUCCUGAACGUGUUAAUCCUCCCGAUUACUUCAUUGACAUUCUAGAGGGAGUUGUAAAACAAAACUCAAGUUCAGGCGUAAACUAUAAAGAACUUCCCCUUAGAUGGAUGCUUCAUAAUGGAUACACAGUACCACCAGAUAUGCUAAAUUCUUCCUCAAUGGCAUCCUCUGCGGGGGAUAAUUCAGCUCAUGGAGGAAAUGCUGCUGCUGCUGUGUCUGAUGGACAAUCUUUUGCCGGAGACAUAUGGCAGGAUAUGAAGUUUCAUGCUGAGUUGAAGAAGGACCACUUUCAACAUAAAUUCCUAAAGACACACGACUUAUCCAACCGCACAACCCCUGGUGUUCUCCAGCAAUACAAAUAUUUCCUUGGCAGGGUUGGCAAGCAACGUCUCCGAGAAGCUAGAAUACAAGCAGUCGAUUUUCUGAUCUUAUUGAUAGCUGGAAUCUGCUUAGGAACACUAGCUAAAGUGAGCGAUGAAACCUUCGGGGCACUUGGGUACACUUACACAGUCAUUGCAGUUUCUCUCCUCUGUGGGAUUGCGGCGUUGAGAACAUUUAAUCUGGAUAAGAUAUAUUACUGGAGAGAGAGCGCUUCUGGCAUGAGCAGCUUGGCCUACUUUCUUGCAAAGGAUACAAUUGACCACUUUAGUACCAUUGUAAAGCCUCUCGUCUAUCUCUCGAUGUUCUAUUUUUUCAACAACCCGAGAUCUUCCUUCUGGGAUAAUUACAUUGUCUUGGUUUGCCUUGUGUACUGUGUGACUGGGAUUGCUUAUGCAUUUGCCAUCUACCUCGAACCUGGUCCAGCACAACUGUUUUCGGUCCUCCUUCCAGUUGUUUUGACGCUCAUUGCAAACCAGAAUUAUCAAGAAGGAAUUUUGAAGAUAAUAGAGAACAUGUGCUAUACAAAGUGGGCUUUGGAAGCAUUUGUGGUAGCAAAUGCUGAAAGGUACUACGGAGUGUGGCUGAUCACAAGAUGCGGUUCGCUAAUGAAAAACAGCUACAAGCUGAAUGAUUGGAUUCCUUGCUUAAUAUAUCUCAUCAUCGCUGGUAUAGCUAGUCGUUGUGCGGCCUUCUUUUGCUUAGUAACUUUCCAGAAGAGAUAGAUCCUCUCCAUGAUCAAGCUCUAUUUCUCCCCUAUAAUACAACAGUUGGGAGAUUGCAGUGAAGAGAUUCAUAGGCAUUCAAGCUAUUCUGAUGAAAUGCAGGAAGGCUCUUUAAAUGUCGGUAUCUCUGUAUUAGGUACGGGAUUUUGUUUACGACAAGCUGAGCGGAGUUAGAGAAAGGGCAAAAGGAUUAAAAAGGACAAACUUGAUCCGGAAAUUGUAUGUGUAGCUCAAAAUGUCACUGUUUAAUCUUGGAGUGUGGAUCCUCCGCCGAGGGCUUGUGGUUAGUUUUGCGUUCUUUAUUUUCCGCCUAAUCUUUCCAGAGCUUAAUAUUCAAGCAUGUGUAACGGUUGAUUUGAAUCA